AUGAUUUCUUAUAUUCUGCUGGGUCUCUUUUCUGUUAUGCUCAUUGCCAUAGCCCGGCAACGAGUUUACCCAAAGGCUUACCCGGGCAUUCCUUACAAUGAGGAGUCAAUUAACCGUAUCACUGGCGAUAUUCCGAACCUUGUACCUGUCAUCCAAGCAACAAACGAGUUCUCUGAUUCCAUCUUCGCAAUCACUACCCAGAAGCUGGGGAAGCCAAUCGCGCAAAUGCUCUUCCCAGCAAUUCGCAACCCCCUAAUCACUCUCGAAGAUCCGCGGGAGAUCGAGGAUAUCGUACUUCGUCGCAAUAAGGAGUUCGACAAGGCACCCAUGGCUAUUGAUACCUUCUCCCCAAUGUUCCCACAUGCCUCGAUCAGCCAAUUCACAACGCCCAAACUCAAAGCCCAAAAGCGUUUGUAG